CUUGACUGACUUACUAUAGCAAAUUCACAAACAAGAAGCUAGUCUUAUAGGACUUUCCUUUGGUUGGGUCUCUUGCAUUGCUCUCCACGGGUUCUGUAGUGGUUCUUGUUUGCUUUCUGUGGAUCUUUUGGUAUUGUUGUGUCAGGGCUUUGGAUAUCUUAUCCCUUUUCAUUGUGUUUUUGCCCUCUUAAUAUGCAUAUUAAUAAAAAGCACUGAUUUAUCAAAAAAAAAAAGAAGAAGAAGCUAGUCUUAAUUUUAAGAUCGAUCUCAGUGAAGGCAUGGAGUGCGAUAAGAGUUUUUCUCGCAGUCAUAUGCUGUUGAAGCCCGAAGAGGUGAAGUUUGUGGAUUUGUUUAAAAUCUUGUUCUCCAGUAACAUUGAGAAUAGAAAAUUUGUGGAUUGCAAAGCAAAGAAGGAGGAGAAGUUCGAUCGUCGAUGGAUCAUUUUCAUAUCAAUUUUGGCUCAAAAGGUUCUUCAAUUCUUGUCCACGCCAUUAUCAAUUAUCGGAUCACUCUUUGAAACGUGGCUUAACCUUCUGUCAAAUAAUGGUGGCUUUCUUAAGCUUUUGCUCAAUGUCUUAAGAGGCAAGGUUGUGGUGCCUGACAGAACAUCGGCAAGUUUUGUAUCAUGUAUAGGCAAUUUUGACAAGCGAAUGGAGUUGGACAGUAACAUCAAACAUGAAGAUGGCUGUAGGUACUUUGCAGCACUAUCUAUGAUGGCUUCUAAAGCAUCAUAUGAGAACAAGGCCUACCUUAAAACUAUCGUUGAGGAUCACUGGAAGAUGGAGUUCUUGGGUUUUUAUGACUUCUGGAAUGAUUAUCAAGAGAAGGCCACAACACAAGUCUCCAUAUUUCGCGACAGAACAAAUGGUCACGACACCAUUGUUGUGGCAUUUAGAGGAACCGAACCAUUCGACGCAGACGCAUGGUGUUCCGACUUCGAUAUCUCUUGGUACCAACUUCAUGGAGUUGGAAACAUCCAUGGAGGUUUCAUGAAAUCUCUAGGCCUCCAAAAAUGCGUCGGUUGGCCUAAAGAAAUAAGCAACGACUAUAACCGCCCUGCACCGUUGGCUUACUAUGCAAUUAGAGACAUGUUAAGACAGAUUCUACCUCAAAACAAUGAAACAAGAUUUAUAGUGACUGGUCACAGCCUAGGUGGUGCACUGGCAAUUCUGUUUCCAGCAGUGUUGGCAUUUCAUGAGGAGAAACUGUUGUUGGAGAGAUUGGAGGGAGUGUACACAUUUGGACAACCAAGAGUAGGAGAUGAGAAAUUUGGGCAGUACAUGGAGAAAUUGUUGGGGGACAAUGAUGUCAAAUAUUACAGGUUUGUUUAUUGUAAUGACAUGGUUCCUAGGCUUCCUUUUGAUGACAAAGAUCUUAUGUUCAAACAUUUUGGGACCUGCGUUUACUAUGACCGCAACUAUAACGGCAAGAUUGUUCCAGUAUUGCCGAACAAGAACUACUUCUCGAUAUCAUCGGUGAUUCCAAUGGUUUUCAAUGCCGUGUGUGAGUUGCUAAGAAGCUUCACGAUUAGGUACACCAAGGGAGCCGAUUACAAGGAAGGUUGGCUCAUGAGAACGUUUAGAGUGAUUGGACUGGUGGUUCCAGGAGUACCUGCACAUUGUCCCCAAGAUUACGUUAAUAGCACUCGUUUGGGCUCGCCAGGACUGUUUUUAACAAAAAAUGAAUAAAUUCUCUGUGAAAAGUUAGUGAAAAUAAAAUCUAUGUGAUUUUCUUACCAACUCAAUAAAGUUUGAGACUGUUUCUGCA